AACAUUCAGGUGCUCCAUCGCCCAAACCAGAUCUCCAGGGUGAACAUAUGUGGAGGUUUCUGUCAUGCUAUUUGGUCCCAUCGAACGGUUAAACUUCCUGCCAACCCAUCCCCCACAGUGCGCCACGCUACGGGUCGUGGUGGGAGAGCAGUACCGAAGAGGCUAGGGAAGAUUGAAGCGAUUGGUGUUUAUUUUCAGCUCUUU